CUUCUCCACCGGGCCAUCAUUCAAGGGCGUGCACGAUGACGCGCGCGGCCGCCCUGCUCGUGCUUCUCCUCAGGUGGACUUUGGCGGGAGCCGCGUGCGCGCGGGCCAGACUCUCGCCCAGCGGCGGCGUGCGCGUGACUUUCGUCUCCUCGGCGCGUCUCCGCCACAGCGUGUGGUCGCGCGAGGGCGCGCUGCUCGCCUGCGCGUGGAGCGACGACGCGGCGGCGGUGCGCGAGCACGUUUUGGCGUGCGCGCGGGAGCGCCUGCACCGGCCUUUUGCCGGCGCGCUCUUCGAGGCCGUGCGCGCUCGCGGGGAUGCGUGCGUGUCCCUGCGUGGCACCAGGACCACGGAGCCUGAGGUGAAAGGUCACCGGCGUGUCAAAAGAGGCUUCAUCGUUCCAGGAACUCUUUGGUGUGGAUCCGGAAACAAGGCGCAGUCUUAUGACGACUUAGGCGUCUUUUCCGACACGGACGGCUGCUGCCGCCAGCACGACCAGUGCCAGCUCGCCAUCUUGUCCUUUCACUCCCGGUUUGGCGUCUUCAACUCCAACAUCUUCACCAUGUCUCACUGCGACUGCGACAACAAGUUCCGCCGCUGCCUGCUGGAGGCGAAGGACAGCAUGGCCGCCGUGGUGGGCUACACCUUCUUCAACGUGCUGCACAUGCACUGCUUCCGCUUGUCGCACAGGCUGCAGUGUGCGCAGAGGAACUGGUUUGGGACGUGCAAGGAAAGCAAGAUGGCGUUGUACGCCGAGGUCCACCCGCCCACGCCCUACCAGUCCAGCGUCCCCACGGCAACCAGCGUCCCCGGCGUGUCCUUAGCCUUCACGUCCCUGACCACGCCCCCUUCAGCCUUGGCCAUGGCGGCAGUAUCGUCGCCUGGGAACGGCAGCAGCCAAUCCGAGGCCAGUGUCGGCCAGAAGGGAUCCUGCAGUGUCUUUAAGAUCCUGGAUGAGUGCAGGGACAAGAUCCCCCCCAAGAGGACCAGAUAUGGGCUCUUCAACUCCGAGUCCAAGACCAUGUACCACUGCCACUGCACCCGCAGAACCUUCCACACUUUGACCCGACAGCACCAGCCGCUGACCCCGGUGCAGAACGUCCUGCUGGGCCUCCUGUCCCCAUCAUGCUUCCUGCUAAAGGACGACACUCUCGAUCAAAUCAGCGGGUCACCGGCGGUCCUGCGGGAAGCAGAACUUUCCAGGCUGCGGUCCAGCGCUGAUGCGGAGGAGCAGCGCCACCUGAUGGCCGUGCUGCAGAAGUGCAGAAGAAGAGGACGAGGGGUCAAAGUUCACAAAGUCUGUUUGAGGAUGCUGAGACACAAAGUCCACAAGGCAGGAAGUGUGAACACAUGAAGCAAAAGCUCAUUGUUGUUAUUUUAUUCUCCCAAUAACCUUAAAGCUCAGAAACUACUGACAAACAUUUAAUUUACAAACAUUCUUCUGGUUUAUUUUCAGUGCAUCAACUACUUCAAUGAUCCUGUGAGCCGUUUUAAAUGUAAAUAUGUGUGGACGACAUGGCUGAGUGAGUUGAAUGUUUUGGAUCUGCUGUGACUUGUAAAUGGAAAUUAAAAAUGUAAAACCAUGCAAUAAAUUGGCCACUUUUUCUGCUCAAAA